AAAGAUUAGAUUAACUGGUCAAACAAUCUAUUUUAUCUUACAUCAGGAGAAUGCCCACCACUUCCAGAGACCCCAGGCUACCUGAUGUCAUCAAAAUCGAUGAUAUUGCUUCUGGGAAGAUUGAACCCACGUUAAUAUAUAAUGAAUUAGACCGAUUAAAAGUGGAGAUCAAUGUUUUAAGAAAUGAUAUGACUUUAUUUAUAAAAGCGUUAGCUACUGUUCCCGACAAUCAAAGACAGGAUGAAUACUAUAGAACAGCGGUCCAAAGGUUAAAGUGUGUUCAAAAUAGUAUCAAAGAAUACUGUAACGAAUACUAUAAAUUAUUACCAAUUAUAAAUCUUGCUCAAAUCAAACUCGGCCACGAAGUUGAAAUAGUACCUCAGGCAAAUAAGACCCCAACUGUUCCUCCGGCUCCUAAGCCCACCACUGCAAAUAAGGUGCCAGUCAAGAGAACGGCUUCUGGCUCCAAAACUAAUAACGUCCCCAAUGGUAAACCAAUGGCUAAUGGCUCUAAUGCAAAUAGAAAUGGCAAUGGUAAUCUUCCAAACCAACCAAUAGUUCUAUAAGCCCUCUGCCUCUACAACUGCCUCUACAACUGCCUCUACAACUGCCUCUACAACUGCCCCUACAACAUACCUUUCUCCCUACAACAAACCUUGGUUACUCGUUAUUCCCAGUCAUUCCUUCCUUUCAAUUCAACCUUUCUGUUUCAUUAAUUCUACUUUUCUUUCAAUUGCCUUCUGUGUAUAUUAUUCCUUUCAAUGAACAAUUUUGCUUUCCUUUAAUAUCACCGUUGAAGCAGCCAAUCGAGUAAACACCUGUACAUCAAAUGGCUCACGCCCGUACAUCCCAAAGAUCAUCUGGUUACCCUGAACUGACUCACUGAAAGAUCAUACAAAAAAAAAAAAAAUACUGAAAAAUUUAAAAGAAACGAUAGAAGAAUAUAAAAACGGUAGCAAUUACUCUAUACUUUCGAUUAGACAUUACACUUUUCAUUCAAUUAGUAUAAUAAGGAUGUCUGCUUCAUUAAAAGAAACGUUUGAAAGAUGCAAAAAA